CAAACGUCGUUAAAUGUGCAGUGCAAAAACUCCACCUUCUUCACAUUACUAUCGAAACGUAACUUAAUUGUACCAACCCAGGAAACUACAUCCUACAUAACCUACAUAAAUAAAUAACACUCUCGUGUUUUACAAGGCAGCGCUAUUCGUCUGGACCCAGAUGUAUGGAUUCUUUCCAGGAACGACAGUGAGUGAAGCGGGACAGAGAUACAAGGGUUUCUCCUUGUUGUUGUUUUUAGUGAGUUGCGGAGUACAGAAGCAGAUAUAGAAGCUAAAGGCGCAGAACAAUUCCCUGCCCACCCAAAUAAACCAAAAUCCACCGUUCAGUUGCUGAAAAGUUUGUUCACAAUGUCAUGCUGGAGAAUCUUUCUGCGUAGACAAUGUCAAUUCAACACCUUUUUUAAACCGCAUCAGUUUAACAUGCAACCACUGUGUCAUCGGAGAGGGUUGCAUGCAUCGACUGCUGUGAAGAAUUAUGAUGUAAGAAAAGUCGAGUUAACGCCACUGGAGCAGAGGAAACUUACAUUUGACUCCCAUGCGCUUGUGACAGAGCUGGAAUCGAGCGGCUUUGAGAAGAGGCAGGCAGAAGUGAUUGUAACGGCAUUAGUGACUCUUACUUCAGCCAACAUGGACAUUGUAUACAGAGAUAUGGUCACAGGAGCCCAUCAAGAAAUAGCGCUUCAACAAAUCAUGGCUCAUCUAGACUCGAUCAGGAAAGACAUGGUUAUUCUGGAGAAGAGUGAAUUUGCCAACUUGCGUUCAGAAAAUGCUAAAAUGAAAACAGAACUGGAACAAAUAAAGAACAGAUUACAGGAAGAAAGUCAAAAAAUCAGAGCAGAUGCAAAGUUAGAUAUUAAUCUGGAGCGAAGUAGAGUUACAGACAUGUUUACCGAGCAAGAGAAGACACUGAUGGAAGUUAGGACAGAGUUCCAAAAAAAGAAUUCAGAACUGGAAAGUGAAGCAGUAGAAACCUCAAAGAAAAUAGACAUUCAAGUGGCCUCUUUGAAAACCCUCCUGGAAUCCCUAAAACUGGAAACAAUUCGUUAUCUUGCAGCAUGCAUUUUCACCUGCUUGGCAAUUGCAUUGGGUUUCUAUCACUUAUGGAAGUGAAUCUCACAAAAACAGAGAAAAGAUUUUGUUUUAUGCAAAUUUGUAUUGCAAUUUUAAUACAUUGUAACAUGGAUUUUUGCAAGGAACAUGAAUACAGUGGGGUUUUUUUAUCAUCCUUUUUAAAAUUUCAAGUGAUUUCACACAUUUUGACUAAAUUUCCUUUUGAAUUGAAACAGCAGAGCCUAACAAUAAAUGCUUCAUAGGAG